GUUUUAGUUAUUUCGUUACCCUUGUCGAAUAAAAAAUGACUGAGAAGGAACUCUACCACGAGCGCCAGACGCUCUACCGCUGCGGGCUUCACGCGCUCAACAACGUGCUGCGAGGUGUAUUAUGCAGUGUUAAACUACGAGGAAUGUAUGGUCUGAUGAAUGUAUUUUACGUAGGUCCCGUUUUCUCCAAAGCCUCGUUAGAUGAAGCGUGUAUGGAGCUGGCGACGUUGGCUGACCCAAAAGCUGGGAAUGGCCUAAUGAAUUGGGCCUGGAACCCUCACAGAGCCCCACUGGGACUUGGAAAUUACGACGUCAACGCUCUGACGCUAGCAUUACAACAAAAAGGUUACGUGAUGCAGUGGCUGGACAAGCGACAACCCGUGGACGAGAAGCUGGUGAAGCUAGACGAGGUGGAGGGAGUUUUGUGCAACGUGGUGAUGACCACGAUGCUCAGUAGUCUAUGGACGCAGCGACACUGGUUCGCCAUUCGGAAAAUUUGCGGCGUUUGCUACAAUUUGGACUCGAAACUCGAAGCUCCUGUGGCGUUUGAGAGUGAGAGUGCAUGCUACCAGUUCUUACAAGAAUUGGUGAACACGGGCGAAUGUGAAUUGUUUCUGAUCACGAAAGAGAAAAGCACGAAAACGGAAGAAGAGUCUCAAAGCUAGAAUCAUAUUAUGUGUUUCGAAGUGAAAUGGUCAUGCAGUGCUGAGUUUUCAAGUUCAUUUUUCUGGAUACUGAGGCUCGAACUCAAGUAGCAAUUGGAGGUAGCAUCCACGACAUGAUCUUUUUAAAGUAAGUUGGAUCGGUCUCUUCUUGGCGGUGGCGUAAUAGAGCAGCAAUGUCAUCCCAAUGGAAAUUGUCACCGUUACGGAGGACGAUGCCCUGCGGAUCGAUCACAACCGUGUGCGGGACGCUCUGUAGACCGUACGGCUCAGGGACCUCAGCCGCCCCAUAAUGCAGAACUGUUGGUUCAUUUCCAUUGCCAUAGUAUCGACACACCCGCGGCCCUUUGAUCGUUUCAUCUCCGAUCUUGUGCUCCACGAUCGUAUCCAGAAAAGCGAAAGUGUCUCCAAUAUUCUGAUCAAGAUUCACCAGCACAAAGUUGAGCAGUUUGUUGUGGCGAUC